AGAGUCUCGCUCUGUCGCCCAGGCUGGAGUGCAGUGGCGCAAUCUCGGCUCACUGCAAGCUCCGCCUCCCCGGUUCACGCCAUUCUCCUGCCUCAGCCUCUCCGAAUAGCUGGGACUACAGGCGCCCGCCACCACGCCCGGCUAAUUUUUUGUAUUUUUUAGUAGAGACGGGGUUUCACCGUGGUCUCGAUCUCCUGACCUCGUGAUCCGCCCGCCUCGGCCUCCCAAAGUGCUGGGAUUACAAGCGUGAGCCACCGCGCCCGGCUUACUUCUCAGCUUUCUUUUGGUGAGAAAAAAAUAGGCCUCAAUCAUUUUGGUAACAAUAUAAAACAAGUAAAAGAAAAAAUAGGUCUUAAAAGAUCUUGGAGUCACCUUAAACUUUAUCUGCCAUGAGACACUUAGAAGAAUCAGACCUUUGUUGAAGAUUACAGAACAGAGACUCAUUCACUCACACCCAAGAGACAGGUGUUCACCCUAAAGACUAGAACGAAGCGUGGGAAGUGGAUGGAUCCAGUGGAGCCCCAGGGAACUGGAUACUCACAUGCCCCUGGGAAACAGGUCUUUGUUGCUCUCCUUCCAUCACUUGGUCUCAGCUUGUCUGUGACUGGCUUCUACCACUUGUGCCUCCACCCAACCUGCUGCUACAUUCUCCUGGUUUCUGCUUACUCAAAUGUUUUGCAUCCGAAGCCCAUUUUGGCCCCUUCUGCCUUACCCUCUCUUAGCUCCAACCUUUCUCUUACAUCAGAUAGCUCCGUCUCUGCAUUCUCCACCUUCCAUUUCCAAGGGAGAGUCUGAUUGGCUUACUAAUUAAACAGUCUAAUUAACUUAAACAGAGUCCGUGUUUGAUGAGAACUGUUUGCUCCAGGUCACCUCACAGGAUGAUGACUACAUCAUGGAUUGUGCGCUCUUGGGUCACAUGAUCACUCUUAAUUUCAAUUAGCUGGGCUCAGGGUGGGGAGGGGGUAAGGAACGUUUUUUGUAGUUAUUUGUGCAACCCCUGCUCUAGAAAUAGUUUGGGUAACUGUUUCCUUUCCAAAAGGACUCUGGGUAUGGUAAGCAUCUCUCUCUCACACACGCAUAUAGUAAAAUAACAGUGACUAAAACAAAGGGAGUAUGAAUAAAUUGAAUUACGAGGUUAAAUGUAGGAAAUAAUGAAUGAACAAGGGAAGAAACAGAUACUGACCCAGGGUCAACAACUACCUAUGUCCAAGUAAAAUUUCUUUGCAGUCUGACAAGUUGGCUUUCAAGAUUGCAUUUCGUUUUGCGAAUUAAGCCAUUUUUAAGUCAUGAGUCCUAGUUUUUUGGAGGCCCCCGACAUCCGGAACCCAUGAAUGCCACGUUCUUUCUAGCAGCCUUCAGCAAUUUGGGGGCUCUUUGUUUCUUACGUUGGGAGAGAAAUCCUGCAGGAAAUCGACGCCCAGGAUCAGAUGCAGAUCCUGGGAUCCUUGGCUCUGAGUAGCACGGUGGAAAAGUGGGGUAAUCGAGGCUCUAGGCCCGUUUUCCUAGGAGCCCAGGGCGCUUCACCUGUCUGGAGUCAGCCCCUUUCUUGGACGUCUCCUCCCCCGAGUUUCCUCCUCAUAGGCUUGUCCCUGGGAGUGUGGGCGGCCCCUUUCUUGAGCGCAGAAACACUUACUUUUCCCCCUACCCUGCUCCUCCUCCUCCACAGCCGUCUUUCUCUUUGCCUCAGCCACUUCCUUCCUUGGCUUCGCCCUCCCCAGUGCACUGAAGAAGGUAACCGGGUCCGGACCCAAGCGGCACCAGUUCUCCGGCGGGAAGGAAAACUGGGCAGAGAGGCAGCGAUGAAUGUGGAUCAUGAGGUUAACCUCUUAGUGGAGGAAAUUCAUCGUUUGGGUUCAAAAAAUGCUGAUGGAAAGUUAAGCGUGAAAUUUGGGGUCCUCUUCCGAGAUGAUAAAUGUGCCAACCUCUUUGAAGCAUUGGUAGGAACUCUCAAAGCUGCAAAACGAAGGAAGAUUGUAACAUAUCCAGGAGAGCUGCUUCUGCAAGGUGUUCAUGAUGAUGUUGACAUUAUAUUACUGCAAGAUUAAUGUGUUUUACAUUAUCUUUAUGUACUGCCAUUUUUCGUUUCUGGUAAACUGGAAUAUAAAGUGAGAGAACAAACAUUUGAACAUACUUAAUGUAUUUUUAUAGAACUUUGUAAACAAAAGGAGAUUCAUGUUUUAGAAGUCUGUCCUUUUUGAUAUCUUGAAAGAAAAUUUAUGUAUGAUGCUAUAAAAUAAACAAAUCCUAUUAUUUUUCUCAGGAAUCUGGUUGGGAAUUGUAGGCAAUGAGAUUUUUUGGGGGCCAGGGACAGGGGAAUGUUUGUUUCAUAAAUAAUUAGACAUUUUCUAUAGAUAUUUGACAUUCCGCGAAAGCAACAAGCAAACUGAAGACCAACUCCUAUGAGAAAUAUUAUAAUGUUUAUGUAAUAAAGACAUGUAACUGUCUUAAA